AUGCUGAUGGAGUUCGUACACAGAUACACGUGCGACGUGAUCGAAGAGGCGCAGGUUUACAUGGAGCACCGCGGCGGCGAGGAGGUCAACUUGGACGACGUCAAGCUCGCCAUCCACGCCCUCCUCCAGAACCAGUUCGUCAAACCCCCGACGGCGGACACGAUGCACCAGUUCGCGCAUUCGCUCAACCGCGUGCCCUUACCGCCGCUCAACAACCGGCCGGGGAUCCACGUGCCGCAGGACGAUAACCUGCUCAGCGCGAAUUACGAAUAUUUCCCCAGGGAGACACCGCUGGUCGAUCCCGACGCGAUUGACGACGACAACGACGGCGGGGGGGCGAACGCGGCGGGUGGCGGGGGAGCGGCGGCUCGGGCGGAGGCGGCAGCGGCUGAGCCCACGGAGAUGAGAGAAGGGGGCGUCGAGGGGUUCAAGGUGAAACGGGCGAAGAAGUGA